CGUUUCUUCAACUCUUCCUUGACCUUCCUGCCCUUGAGUUUGAGUUUGCGUGCUCCGUGUUUGAGCUCGCCUACGGCAACGGGGAAGGCAAGCACAGCCAACGGCCAGAACAGCACAGCGGUCCCCACUGUGGCCACACUCCAGCCUAUAGUCGCUAUCUGA